UGCUAGUACUUGCAUUUUAUUACAUCUAAAAAAAUGUCCCAAAAUUUUCUCACAUUUUCCUUUUUGUUCUUCUUACUCCUUUCAUCACCAAAUCACUCAUAUGCUCAAAAACACACCAAAAAGCACGCAAAAAACCCUAGAAUCCCAUGCAAGACCAUGGUAUUCUAUUUCCAUGACGUACUCUACAACGGCAAAAAUUCGAAAAACGCGACUUCAGCCAUUGUAGGAGCUCCUGCAUGGGCUAACACAACCAUUAUAGCAGGGCAAAGUCAUUUUGGAGAUCUCAUAAUUUUCGACGAUCCGAUAACUAUUACUAAUGAUUUUCAUUCAGAUCCUAUUGGACGUGCACAAGGGUUUUACGUGUAUGACAAGAAAGAUGUAUUUACUGCUUGGUUAGGGUUUUCUUUUGUGUUUAAUUCUACUCAAAAUAAAGGGUCUUUGAACUUUGCUGGGGCUGAUCCUUUAAUGAAUAAAACUAGGGAUAUUUCUAUUAUUGGAGGAACUGGUGAUUUUUUUAUGGCUAGAGGUAUUGCUACUUUGAUGACUGAUGCUUUUGAAGGCGAUGUUUAUUUUAGACUUCGUGUUGAUAUUAAGCUCUUUGAAUGUUGGUAAUUUUUUUCGGGUUUUGAUCAUAUUAUUUGUUUUUUUUUUUUAAAGAUUUUGUCUCGCUUUUUAUGUGUUUAUUGAUGAUAAAGUCAAAAAUUUAUAAUUUUUGAUUUUGAAUAAUGAUGAAUUAUAGUGAAAGGACUUGUCAAGUUAUGUGUGAAUCAGACUCGGC